AUGGCAGCAAAUCCCAGAGGACGGGGUGAACAGGCAGGGGAGGCGGACGACAGAGAGGUGCGGGACAGAAAGCUUAAGGAGACAGAUGCGCACCGGGUAGGGGACGGAUUCCGGCGUCCGGGGGCGGACAGGAGACGCCCGGCCCGUCUACCCGCCCCGGGCCGCGUCUGCUCCGACGGGCGGGGCAGCCAGAGCCGGGGAGGGAGAGGGAAGCCCGCCCCGGCUUGGGCUUUGCGACCUGCCCCGGGGCGCCCCACCCUGAGACUCAAGACCUCCCUCAGACCCAGGAGCUCAAACCUCAGCUCUUCUCCCUCAGAACCUGGAGUCCAGAAUCUAGCCCUCAUUCUGCAGAUCCAGGGUCCUGAGGCCCAGCCUUCCCUCCUUCAGACCCAGAAUCUAGGCUACAUCCAUCCCCUCUCCUCCAGACCUCAAAGUCCAGACCUCAGUCCUUCAAAACCAAAAUUCUGGACUCUAACCUACCUCACUCAGACCCAGGUUCUAGACUCUAGCUCUUAUUUCUCAGAGGGAGAAGAAUUUAGACGCCAGCCCUACUCGCUCAGACCCAGAGUUUGGCCUGAUUUAUCCCUUCUGUCCAAAGGUGUUUGUCGCCUGGUCCUGGUGGUGCUGAGCCUCUGGCCACAUAGAGUCGUUGCCCCUGGGCCACCAGCUGGUUCUCCUAGAGUCUCUUCAGACCCUCGUGCAGACCUGGACAGCACCGUCCUCCUGACCCGAUCCCUCCUCGCAGACACACGGCAGCUAGCUGCACAGAUGAGAGAUAAGUUCCCAGCGGAUGGAGACCACAAUCUGGACUCCCUGCCUACCUUGGCCAUGAGCGCUGGGACACUGGGAACUUUGCAGCUUCCUGGUGUGCUGACAAGGCUUCGAGUCGACUUGAUGUCCUACCUCCGGCAUGUACAAUGGCUGCGCCGUGCCGGUGGUUCUUCCCUAAAGACUCUGGAGCCAGAGCUGGGGGCCCUGCAGGCCCGACUGGAGCGACUGCUUCGCCGUUUACAGCUCUUGACGUCUCGACUGGCCUUGCCCCAGGCUACACCAGACCAAACCGCGGUCCCCCUGGGCCCUCCUGCCUCAGCCUGGGGAAGCAUCCGGGCAGCGCAUGCCAUCCUAGGAGGGCUGCACCUGACCUUGGACUGGGCCGUGCGGGGCCUGCUGCUGUUAAAGACUCGGCUGUGACUCAGGACUGAAAGCCACCAUCUUUUCUCUGCCCUUUAAAGCCAGAUCUUAUUUAUUUAUUUAUUUUGAUACUAGGAGGAGGGGCGUGGUGAUCAGGGGCAUGCCACACCCCAAACAA